AAACCACAGGAGACUUUUGAUAUUUAACCCUAAAGUUUAGGACUCAGUUGAUAAUUCUUAGAUACUUUAAGCGAGAAAAUAUCUCCGGAAUUUUAGCAUACCUUGAAAGUCCCUCCGCCCGAGAGAGCUGAAAAAUUCUCACAAAUGGCGUUCACCAUUACACACACCAGCCAUCUCUUCGCCAACCCUUCAUACCAUCCUGCAAUCCAUUUUCCAGAAUUGCCCCUCAAACAACGCAAGAUUACACGUCAUCACUGCUUGCCUCCAAAAUCACAACCGUCUGAACAUGUACCCUUAACUAACGACCACGACCGCCGGCAGCAGAAGCUUCUCCAAGCCGUGGCUGAGUCGAAUGAGGAGCAGCUCCCUGGAGUCAGAACAUUCGAGAACGACUCGGCGCGGCUUACCCUCGUUGGCGCUGUUGACUUCCAGCAAGCCGUCACUGCUGCCGCUGCUGAUGGCGGCCGAGCAGCCAACGAACACAUUAUCGCCGGCUUACCAACCAUGGUCAUAGAGACCGUCUUCCCAGGACGGCCUGAUGACUGCAGCACUCUUUCCACUAGGCUGUUUUUACCUGCUAGCAAAGUAAAAGAGAAGGCUAAGAAACUCAAAGCUACCCUUAGUGAAGAUAUUCUUUCUAGCACUACGUCGGAGAACAUACUUGCCAUGACAUUUAGACAGGUGGUACUGCAACAGCUUUGGAGCUUUGAGCUUGUGGCAUUUAGAUGUGGAACUGAAAGAAAUAUCGAUGAUUUUGGAAAUCUGAGAGAGCAGGUACUUGCAACUUUUACCAUCAGCUCUUCAGAAGAACAUAUUCUUUCUGUGCUUGCUGAAGUUAUUUGCUCUUCUGCACUUGAAAGUAUUGAAAGUCAUACAGUGGGCCAAUCAUUUGGUAGAGCAUCUGCAAAGUUUAUUCAAUGGUUUCACAAACCUAAAAGAUAUGUAUCCAAAGACUCAUCCAUUAUUCUACAUAAGCUACUUGAUAACGAGAUAGCUGCCAAUGCAAAAAUUCUGCUGGACAAGUUUAGCUCAAGAAGGGUGAAAUCUAUGGGAAUUAAGUCAAAAUAUAGUUGGUGGACAUUGUCAUCGGACCCUGAAUUGGAAAAGUUUAAUGGCCCUGAAUUUACUGCUGGGCUUAAUGAACAUAUACCUUCAUAUCGGCUGCAAAUAGAUGCUGGCAAAUUCAAAGAUGUGAAAAUUGAAGGGGGGAAUUUGUUCACCACGAAUAUUUGGGAAAUUCUCUUGACUCAUUGCCAAAUGGUUUGUUUGGCAGACAUUCUUGAUAUUUAUUAUCAAGAUGACUUCACUUUGCCAGCUAAACAAUUGUCGUGUGAUGCAAUGAUGAACCUUUCCAACUUGUCCAGAAAUAAGAGCGGCAGUUCUUUGCUUAAAAUUUUGUCAGCCACCCUCGCAGGUGGCCUAUUGCUUGUUAUGAUAAGCAUUCUAAGUCAACUUUACCUGCCUAAUCUGCCUCGCUGGAGGAAGUACCAUAAAGAUCACUCAGUUCAGUCAUCUUGCAUUAGAUGUAUUGAACCCGAAUCUUUGGGGCUUACCCAGUUGGAAGCUUGCUGCAUUGCAGUAAUCAGAAAACUUAAGGACUCUUUUGGUUGGCCUGGAGAAAUAAUAACAAAAGCUGGUCAUUGUGCAUGGACUGGAGAGCUGCCAUUGUACCUUAAGAGGAUGGUUGAAAUUGACUCCAAGACGUCAGAUGUUUUAUCCACAGUGACAUUGCCAGGAGAACGAAUUGAAGAGAUGAAAGGAUCUGUUCAAGAUAUUGCAAGUUAUCAGGUUGUUUUGUCUACUGAAGGGGAAGUUGUUGGAUUCCAACCAAGAAGCCGUAUGGCUGUCAAUCACUGGGCAUCAAACCCCUUAACAAAGGAGUUGUAUGCCAGAAGAAAUCUUUCUCCUGGCUUUUUAGAACCUGGUUUGAAGAUCCAUCAUCCUAGUGACGUUGUGCUAUUGGAGUUACUAAUGUCGGCAAAUCCUGAGCCACAUUUUGCAUUGGUUAGGCCAGUAGGCAUUUGACGAUUGGUUGAUGGACAGCAGACCGUAUAUUUUGCUUGUAGUUUGUUUCGUUGGGAUUAAGUUGAGCGGAAAAUUUUGGUAUAUUGAUGGUUAGACAUUCCCUCAUUGGUAUUAUGGUUUUGCUCUUUUGACCUUGCAAUUUCAAGUUUGUCUGGGAAAGUUUUUUUAUAACAUCUUCAUCAUUCCUGUUUGAAGAAAUUCAUCCAAGUAAAACAGGAGGAAGUGGUCUAAUCGGUCUUCUUGUGCCA